AUGACAAUGCGAUGCAGUGCCCCAGAACUGAACGACUUUCUACGGUCUUUCUAUGCCGAGCUAUGCCAGGGUAACGGGGGGUUUUAUGCAAAGAGGUCGAUGAUCACUCUUCGGUACAGUUUGCAGCGUCACUUUUUGAAGCACCGGCAAUUCGAUAUCUGUAAAGAUGCUGCAUUCGAAGGAUGUAAUGAAAUGUUCAAAGCCAUACUCCACAAAUUGAAGUAUGACAAUGUACCUGUUGGUUUACAUACUCUUGGAAACAAGAUGUCAGUGAUAUCGAAACAAGCACAAUGCUCUAAAGUGUAUACCAACCACUGCUUCUGUGCUACAGCCAUCAACAAACUUGAUAAUGCUGGCUUUGAAGCUCGCCACAUAAUGGCAAUUUCAGGCCAUCACUCUGAGAACAGCAUCAAACAUUAUUCAAGAGUUGGAGAAAGUCAAAAGAGGAGAAAGACUUUGACCAUUGCUAGUAACAAUGAAAAGACAGCAUCAUGUUCUUCAACUACUUCUAAGUUCGUUAGGAUUUCUAGCACUGCCACUACUAGCAACAUUCCUCAAUCGCCUUCACCACCACAGGCACACGCACAGUCAUCACAACUUGUGGUCUAUUUCACCUCGGCCUUUGGCCUCGUUGAAAUAAACCUGCUCUGGGGAUAA